UGCGGUUAGUACUCAAAUGGGUUAAGCGCUGUGCCACCAACGCGCCACGCUCAGAAUCCUUCAAAUGUUUCCUGCGUUUAGAACUUGAUCAUCGUUAUCGUCGCUUACGAUGGGAUCUGAAUCAUUCUUUUUAGAGAAAGGAAUAAUCGCUAGGAAUGUGUGCUUUGUCGCCGUCAAGAUCAUAUUGUAAUACUGAGUACAAUGGCUCCAGGGGUCCAAUGCCGCGUCACCAGGAAAGGAUGUAUUAUUACCAAUAGACUAUGCUAGGUAUUUGCACACCCCGGUUCGAUAUGCAAGUUGAUAGCAUUGCGAUACUUCGCCACAAUGCUUAAUUCAUCCAUUCUUAGUUACACUGCAGGACAGAUGGAGCUUCUUGUGACAGGGCUACGUUGAAGAUUUUACCCCUCUCUCUUCAAAGCUUAAAUCCCUUUCUGACUGUGGAUAUAUUAAAGCUUGUGUUCUUCCUCAAAUAUGAUAGCAGUUUUUGGAUCAAGUGGACCCGCCAGAACUCAAGCAUCAACUUCUAAGAUGGAAUUUUCGGCCAAUCUACCGGACCUUAGACGGCGAUUAUUACACCAGCUAGUCGAUGAGAUCGCAUAUUCUGAUACUAGACGAAUAUGCCACUCUUCUGAGAUCUGCAUACCUAGAAGAAGGCUCUAUCGACAUUGAUUACGAAUCAUUCUCCACGAUCGUGAAUUGAUUUGCCUUUUUGGUUGAUGCGCUGCUGAUGGCAUGGGGACCCAUUGUCGUUCUCUGCACAGGACCUUGUGGAUAUUCGCUCCCUCAUAAUUAUAUUAGGAAUGUGCAAAUGGGACACAUUGUAGGCUUCUACCACUCUUAUCCCCUGCGAACGAGAAGUUAAUCCUAUGUAGACUUCUCCCAGUUCUCGCCAAAUGGUGUCGAGGCGCACUUACCUCUUGUUGAAGCAAUAAACUGUCAUCAUGUAUUUGUCCCAGAUAGAGUUCCAGCAGGAUCAAGAAAAUUUGGCAGUGUCAGACCUAGGAAGGCAUUGUCACCGCCGGACUUGGACUUAUUCAAAAACCCUGGCCUAGCUAUCUUACAAUAAUCUUGGCGCCGAAAGUUCGCCGAGGUGGAGGACAAACCUUUCCUCAUUCUACAUACACCAGGCUCUACUGGUAUUCCGAAGCCAGCGUAUGUCCCUCUCUGCAGCUUCACCGCUAACGCCGCCUACCAACUGAUACCAUCUUUCAGAGGCACACCGACUAAGUCAGCUACAUGUAAGGCAAGUUGAACUGCGUCACGUUCAUUAUGGUAA